UACGGGCGUCGUGUCGCGGAGAAGAGCCACUAGCCAAACCCGGCGACGGCACACAGGUUUGGGAGCUCUCUCCGCCGUCGCCGAUGCCGCCGGCGCGCGCCUCCGCCUUCUCCGCCCUGCUCUCCAGAAGAUGCUUCCCGGCGGCGAAUCGGAUCCGGCCGCUGGUCAGGGCCUUCUGCGGCGCGCCGACUUCGCUCAAGGAUGCGGCUGCCGGGGUGGCUGGCUCGCAGGAUCAGUCGGAGAAGUUUGGCGAUGUGAAAGCUAGACCCGAUGAACUCGACAUUGCUAUCGUUGGUGGAGGCAUGGUGGGCUUGGCUGUUGCUUGUGCAUUAUCCAAUAUGCCAUUGACUAAGCAUCUGAGAGUUGGCAUCAUUGAUAGCAACCCUGCACUAAAAUCAAGAAAUUAUCUGAAGAAAGAUGGCAUACCUGAUUCAAGGGUCAGUACUAUUACUCCUGCAACCAUGUCCUUCUUCAGAGAUAUUGGCGCAUGGGAGCAUGUUCAACAGCAAAGACACGCUUUCUUUGGUAAAAUGCAGGUAUGGGAUUACACUGGACUGGGUUACACAAGGUAUAGUGCAAGAGACGUGGCAAAAGAAUAUCUUGGAUGCGUGGUGGAGAACAAGGUGCUUUGCAACUCACUGUUGUUACGGUUACAGGAGGAAAACAGAGACAUUGAAAAGAUGAUCUACCCUACCAGACUUGUUUCUCUUGCUUUACCAUCAAAGAGCAGGCAAGUGCCAACAAGUGAAGCAACAUCCAGUGGUUACACUUCGGGAGAAUUACAUCGCAGUAAUUUAGUUAAACUUGAGCUAAGUGAUGGACAAACCUUAUAUUCAAAACUUGUGGUAGGAGCUGAUGGUUCCAAGUCCAAUGUAAGGCAAGCAGCAGGCAUAAAAACAACCGGCUGGAAUUACUCUCAAAGUGCAAUUAUCUGUACAGUUGAGCAUAUUACUGAAAACGAUUGUGCAUGGCAAAGGUUUCUUCCUUCUGGACCAAUCGCUCUACUUCCGAUAGGUGACAACUUCAGCAAUAUUGUGUGGACAAUGAGCCCAGAGGAGUCGUUACGCCAUAAGUCAAUGAGCCCUGAAGAUUUUGUGAAGUCUGUGAACAAUGCAUUAGAUUUUGGUUAUGGUCCACAUCCACGUUCCAGUAGUCUUGACUUUUACAUGGAAAAGUUAUUUUCUGACGUUGGAAGUACGGCUGCAUCUACAAAGGAAUGCUUUGAAGUGCCCCCAAAAGCAAUUGGAGUAGUCUCUGAGAGAAUGGCAUUUCCGUUGUCGCUGAAGCACUCACAUGAUUAUGUUUCGAAAAGGUUAGCACUAGUUGGUGAUGCUGCUCAUACAGUCCAUCCCUUAGCUGGGCAAGGUGUCAACUUAGGUUUUGGAGAUGCAGCUACUUUAGCAAAAGUUAUCGUUGAUGGAGUUUCUGUGGGUGCUGAUUUUGGGGAUAUUUCUUUGCUGAAAAGGUAUGAGAACGAUCGGAAAGCAGCAAAUAUUGCAAUGGCAGCGGUACUAGAUGGUUUCCAGAAGAUCUACUCUGUUGAUUUUGGACCCCUCAAUGUGCUUAGGGCUGCAGCGUUUCAUGGUGCCCAGUACAUAUCACCACUGAAGAAGAACAUAAUCUCUUAUGCAAUGGGCGACACGAAAUGGCCGCUGUUACUGUAAUGCACAAGUAGCGUUCUGAACUUCUAAAUCAUGGUAGUGAGUCAGAGACGCCUUACCUGACUUUGUAAAGACGCAAUAUAACCAGAAAUAAUCAAUAGAGAAAUAAAUUGAAUCUCCUGAUGUUCUAGGAUUAU